CCACACUAUGCUCUGUCUGAUAUUGGUUCAUUUAAGGAAAGUCCCAGAUCUUUUCCUCACUUUUCAAUGACAGUGAAGUUGAUCUUAUCAAGACAACGCUAAACUUUCCUUUUUGUGUUAUCGACUUUGUGCUCCACUGUUUAAACUGCAUGCACGGUACCAAAGACACAUACUGGUGUGUGUUUGAAUUAACAGUUUGUGUUGGAGGAGAGCACAGUUUGUUUUGUGCAUGUGUGUUCCUGCAUGUAUUUGGCAAAUGCUGGAAGUCAGGGGCUGGACUGCUGUCAACAUCACGAAUGUAAGAGGCAAAUUAAGCUGAGAUUCAGCACAUGGAACAUCAGAGCUGGUCCAGACAUUCUCAGUAAACAACGAAAAUCCGACUGUUCAGAUGAGAGAGGGGACAGAUCCUGAGAUGAGCAUGUCAGUCGGCGGCUACUUCUCCGCAUCAGACACGUUUGACAUCACCGUUCCGCCACAGUACUAUGAUGUUCUUGAGGAUCCACUGAGCUGCUCCUACCAGGAUCCAGAUCUACAAAGUCCUCUUUAUGGCCAGCAGCCGUUUAGCUCUGUCAAUGUACAAUUCUCGACAUAUGGCGUGCCAAACGCUCAACCGUGUAACCCACCCUACCCCUAUGGUCACCAAUGUUUGGAGUACAUCUGUGAGCCAGACUUGGAGGUCCAAAGCCCAGCAAGGGGAAGCAUUGUUGGUCUCCCCCUGAUUAAGAGGCCCAGAAUGGGCCAUGGAGCUCGCGUGAAGGGUCAGGACGAGCUCUGUUUGGUGUGUGGUGAUAAGGCUUCAGGAUAUCACUACAAUGCCCUCACCUGUGAGGGCUGCAAAGGUUUCUUCCGAAGAAGCGUGACUAAAAAGGCAGUGUACCACUGCAAGAGCGGCGGAAGCUGCGAGAUGGAUAUGUACAUGCGGAGAAAGUGUCAGGAUUGCAGACUCCGCAAAUGCAGAGCCGUCGGGAUGCUGGCAGAAUGUCUGCUUACGGAAGUGCAAUGCCAAUCAAAGCGACUGAGGAAGGGCUCUAAACACAGUGGACACAAUGGGUCAGCAGGGAGAACUGAGGACGACGACUGUUCUGAAAACAGAAGCGUCUCAUCUACAAGCAGAUUCACUUCACUGGUAUCAUCAGGUCUCUCCAGAGAGCAGAGAUGCAUUCUGAAUAAAAUUGUGGAGUCUUAUCGUAGGUACAUAGUUCAAGACAACCUGUACUGCCGGGUGCCAUUGUGGUCAAGUUUAACAAAUAGUGCAGAACUGACCCCUCCUCGGACAGAGAAGCUUUUGCAGUUUUCGAGGAGUGUACCUGGCUUUGAGCUUUUGGAAAGUUCUGACCAGAACACUCUACUGUCCAGCUCUUCAGUGGAAGUCAUGUUCCUGCUUUUAGCUCAAAAGUUCUCAGAGAAACCCAAUUGUGUUAGCACUGCUUUGUACCCUGCAAGUUUGAAUAACUCAAACCCAGACUGGGUGAAAUCAUUUGAGUCCAAGGAUGGGAACAACCAAAGGAUAACGACAUGCUCAGGGAUGAACGAUGAGCUUCUGGGAUCUGUGGUAAAUUUCCUCCACAGUAUGGUUGUCAUAGCAGUAACCGAGGCUGAAUAUGCACUUCUAACUGCAACUACGGUGUUAUGUUCAGACAGGCCAUCUCUGCGUGCUGUGAGCUGUGUGGAGAACUUACAGGAGUUUGUUCUGGAGCUCUUGUCCAGAGUAUGCUGCUGUAGUCAGGGGGCAGUGCAAAACCCACGACGCUUUGCCCGGCUCCUGGGACGACUGACCGAGCUGAGAACACUGCAACACAACCACCUCACCCUUCUCCCACAGCAGCCCUGGGACAUGCAGUCCUGAGACAGCCUUCAGGGAGAGAUUUAUCAUGUCUCAUCUGUUGCAAUACACUUUUUAUUUUGUCCCAACACAAAAAUGCAGGUCAAUGUACUUUUGGCAACCCAUGUGCAAACACACAUGUAAAAUAAUACAAAUAAUAAUAAUACAUUUUUAAGCCUGAUCCUUGCAGAAAAAUCCACCUUAAGCUGGUAAAAGUUUUUUUGGAACAUAUUAGCUGGUUCCAAAACCCAGCUUGAUCACCUUGAGCUGAUGAUCAGCUGUUAGCUGGUCCAGGAUAGUUCCCCAGCUUGCACCAGCAAAAGACCAGCUACCAUCUUCCAAAACACUGCUACCAGCUUAAGAUGGAUUUUCCAACAGGGAGUUUCUUAUAUGCAGUAGAUAAAUGUUUGCUUUCUUUUAUAAAUGAUACAUUUGUGAGUUGCAUUUAUUAGUAUACAGAACCAUGUCAAUGAGACAUGGAGUCAUUACCUUACCUUAAUGUCAAAUACAAUGCUGGAAGUUGCUCUUGA